UCACUGUGCUGAUCAGACACAGGAAGAGCUCCGGAGGAGAACGGAUAAAGCGAGACAAGUAGAGAAAAGGUGAGGAAAUGAAAGACAUGACUGACAGAUCACCACCGGUAAGAGUCGGAAUUGUGGGAUAUGGACAUUUAGGUCAGUUCCUGGUGGAACGCAUACAGAAGGAAGGUCUUGAAGUUGGACUCGGUUUGGCUUUUGUUUGGAACAGAAAUGCAGACAAACUCAGUGGCUCAGUCCCUAACGAUCUCGUACUGACCGAGCUCUCGGAUUUUACGCACAAAAACGCCGACGUCAUCGUGGAGGUCUGUCAUCCACAGAUAGUGAAAGAUUUUGGCGGGCGAUUCUUAUCACAUGCACACUUCCUGGUGGGCAGUCCCUCAGCUCUCUCAGAUUCUCAGCUAAAUGAGGAACUCCGACUCAUAGCAAAGCAGCAUGGACACACACUCUAUGUGCCUAGUGGUGCAUUAUGGGGUGGGCAGGACAUCCAGAGACUGAACGAUAGUGGAUUAUUAAGAGCCCUGUCUGUCCGCAUGUCAAAACACCCCUCUUGUUUUCGGCUGGCUGGAAACCUGCGCUCUGAUUGGUCAGAAAGAGAAGGCCGGCGUGUGAUUUUUCACGGUUCAGUAGCUGAACUCUGCCCGGUCGCCCCUAACAACGUGAACACCAUGGCGGCCGCCGCCAUCGCCGCAUCGACACUGGGCUUCUCUGGAGUCACUGGAGAGAUCGUGUCAGAUACAGCUCUGGCUGAUUAUCACCUUGUGGAGGUGGAAGUGACCGGGUCGGACGGCUUUUCUGUGAAAACAGUGAGGCGUAACCCAGCCAAGCUGGGAGCAGUGACAGGCAGCGCCACCUACAGUUCUUUCUGGAGCAGCUUACUGGUUUGCAAAGGUCAUGGAGGAAGAGUCUAUCUGUGCUGAAAAGGAAGAGGACUGCUGCAGAAUAAUACGCGCACACACACAAACCUUUUGACUCUUUUAGUUUUCUAAAUAAAAGCUGCAGUUUUUUGUUGGGGAACAGCCAAACGUUCCCACAAAUCAACACGGUUAGAUAUUGUCAUCCUUGUGGGAAUAAUUUGGGCUCCAAUGAGAUAUAUAAAUAUAAAGAUAUACAAAAUAAA